GGAAUCCCACACUGGCUUGGACCGUGGUAGACGCUGCAGUCUGGGAAUGGCUACAUUGUGAUUCUAGAUUGGGAAAAGUGGAUAAACACCUUGAUCGUCAAACAUUUUGUAAUUCAAAGAAAGGUGGUCCUGGAGAGGUCUCCAUGAAUGUACGUCACAAUGAUGAUGACGGACCAGAUGCUGGACCUUCCGCCGCCACUGCUGAACGGCGAGGUUUCUGUGAUGCACCCCAUGAUGAACGGGGACACGUCGCAGCAGGUGAUCGUGGUCCAGGUGAACCCAGGCGAGACGUUCACCAUCCGGGCAGAGGAUGGAAGUCUGCAGUGCAUACAAGGGCCAGCUGAAGUUCCCAUGAUGUCACCCAAUGGCUCCAUCCCACCAAUCCACGUGCCCCCAGGCUACAUCUCCCAGGUCCUGGAGGACAACACCGGGGUGCGACGUGUGGUGGUGACCCCCCACUCGGAGUGCUACCCCCCGAGCUACUCCCCGGCGCUCUCCCCCACCCACCACAUGCCCCCUCCCUACAUGGCCCACCCCCACUUCAUCCCUGCCUCCCACACGGCCUACUACCCCCCAGCCAGCCCGGGGGACGUGCCCCCCCACCAGUACUACCAGCACCGGCUGCCCCGCCUCUACACGGACGACAUCAUCCACAACAUCCACUACAACAUGACCUCCUACAUCAGCCGAGGGGAGGAGGCCUACUGCAAGCCGCUGCCCAAGAAGCCGAAGGGCCCGUCGGAGCGUCCCGGCGGCCUCAACCGGGUCAACAGCCCGCCCUCCGCCUACAAGAGCGGCUCGGGCUGCGGCGCCACGGCCAACGGCUACCCCAAGAGCCACAGCGGAGCGGGCAGCACUGGCAGCAGUGGAGGAGGAGGAGGAGGAGGAAGCCCGGGGAACAAGCGUCCAGAGCGCAGGUCCAGGGGGAGUCCCAAGAGCACCGACACGGAGCAGCAGCAGCAGCAGCAGCAACAACAACAGCAGCAGCAACAGCAGCAGGAUCAUAAUCUAGAGGCCCGAAGAGUCCAAGAUAUGCUCUCAGGAAUGGACAAACCACAGGUGUCUAAGGUGCAGUCUCGCUCAGCGUUGGUGUCCUGGGCCCCGGUGACAGUUGCUAGUGGGCAGGGCGACACUGCUUCCUGUAGCUACGAGCUCAUGCUGACCGAUAAGGGCAUCGACGGGAAGUACCGCGUGGUCUACAGUGGGGAAGAGCUCGAGUACAACCUCACAGACCUGCGGCCGGCCACAGACUACCACGUCCGUGUCGGCACGGUGUGUGACGCUGUGAGGGGUCCGCGCUCCGAAGCGGGGACGUUCACCACCCACUGCGGCCCGCCGGACACCCCCCUCCCGCCCAGACUCUCCCAUCGCUCCAGGAGUUCACUCACCCUCCAGUGGAAGCCUCCAGUAGACAACGGGUCAAGGAUCACAAGCUACAUAUUAGAAUGGGAUGAGGGUAAAAAGAACGGCACGUUCCGAGAGUGUUACUACGGCAACCAGAGGCACUUUAAAGUUACACGGCUCUGCCCAGCCACAGGCUACACGUUUCGGGUGGCGGCACUGAAUGACAUUGGGACCAGCGGCUACAGCCCAGAGGUGGCCUUCCAGACGACGGGCAGCCAGCCCCAGCUGCCCCCCGCCCCGCAGCUCCAGAGGGCCGGCAGUGGCUGGCUCACGCUGGAGUGGGUGCGCCCUGGAGGCUGUGGCCCUGACGAGCCGGUCACCUACGUCCUGGAGCUCCAGGAAGACAGCCAGGGACCAGAGUUUCACGCCAGGUACAAUGGUACAGAUGUCAGUUGCAGAGUGGAAGGCCUCAAGCGCAGCACUCAAUACAGUUUCAGGCUCACCGCCUGCAGUGCAGAGUGGAGGAUCGGCCCGAGUGCGUUGCUGGUCUGCAAGACCACUCCGGACCAGCCGGGGCCGCCAACCAACGUCGCCGUCAGGGAUGUCACUUCGCACAGCUUCUGUGCUCUAUGGCAACCUCCAGAAGAUGACGGUGGCUCAGAUGUUCUGACGUACAUCCUGGAGCUCUUGGAGGAAGAGACUCAAGAGGCUCAGUGGGAGGAGGUGUACAAAGGCCCUGCCCUGGAGCGCGUGUGUGAUGGCCUGAGGCCGACCACCUGCUACUCAUUGAGGGUCCACUGCCUCAGCGCUGGAGGCCAAAGCCAGCACUCUCAAAGCCUGUCUGUCCGAAGCCUGGGCCUUCCCCCGGCCGCCUGUCAACCCCCGAGAGUCAUGGGAAAUGUCAAACACAAGGAGGUCCACUUAGAAUGGGAUCGACCUGUGUGCGAGGGCGCCGGCGAAGCGGUCGACUUCACCGUGGAGAUGUGUGCCGUAGAGAGUAACGCCGAGCAGAAGACAGAGACUCAGGAGGAGGGGGACCAGCAGCAGCAGGCUGAAGCCCAGCGCCAAGCCCAGCCAGUGGAGGUGUACCAGGGAGCGGCCACGCAGUGCACCGUGGGCAGCCUGCUCCCUGGUGCCACCUACACGUUCCGCGUGCGCGCUGCCAACGACGGCGGGGUGGGGCCCUACUCCGAGGCCCUCACGGUCACCACGGCAGCAGGACCCCCGGGUCAGUGCGGUGAGCCCCACGUGACCAUGACAUCUCACACCAGUGCAGCAGUGAGCUGGGAGAGCUGUGAGCGCUCCGGCGCCGAUGUCUCUGAGUACUGGCUGGCCUGGGGCCGGGACCUGGACUCUCUGGAGGUGGUCUACCGCGGCGCGGACACGUCCUGCGAGAUCUCCGACCUGGAGGCAUCCACGGAGUACUGCUGCAGGUUACAGGCGGCCAACCAGGAUGGGGCGGGCCCCCAUAGCGAGCUGGUCACCUGCCGGACCCCCGCAGCCGCCCCCAGUGCCGUCCCCUCCCUUUUCCUCCAGGAGCCCCCGGCCUCGGACACCGACCUGCACCCCCCCUCCACCUGCCUGCCCCUGGCCUGGGAGGAGCCCUUCUGCAACGGGGCGGAGAUCACCUCCUACUCCGUCGUCAUGGGAGACCAGACAUUUACCGUUGGCAAUGUGACCUGCUACGUAGUGACGGGCCUUCAGCCGAACAACGAGUACAGCGUCCAAGUCCAGGCUGAGAACGAGAUUGGCGCCGGUCCACUUUGUGAGCCCCUGCUGGUGCGGACCCGACCGCUGCCCCCGGCACCACCCCGUCUGGAGUGCGCCGCCGUGGGGCCCCAGAGUCUGAAGCUGCGCUGGGGGGACAGCAGCCGGACCCCACCGAGCAGCGAGGACAUCACAUACACCCUGCAGAUGGAGGACAAGAACCAGAGGUUCGUGGCCAUCUACCGCGGGCCGAGCCACACCUUCCGAGUGCAGCGGCUGAGUGAGUCGAGCCGCUACAGCUUCCGGAUCCAGGCGGUGAGCGAGGCGGGGGAGGGGCCCUUCUCCGAAACCCUCAUCCUGAGCACGUCCAAAUCUGUGCCUCCAACACUCAAAGCCCCAAAAGUGUCCCAGCUGGAAGGCAAUGCCUGUGAGGUCACAUGGGAGGCAGUGCCGCCCAUGCGAGGGGACCGCAUCACCUACACACUUCAGGUCCUGGGCGGCCGAGACUCCGAGUUCAAGCAGGUGUUCAAGGGAGAGGAGACGUGCUUCCAGCUCUUCAGCCUGCAGUGGAACACGGACUACCGCCUCCGCGUGUGCGCCAGCCGCCACUGCCCAGACACCGCGCAGGAGCUGAGCGGCGCCUUCAGCCCGUCAGCCCACUUCACGGCACGCCGCCUCGAGCCCACGCUAGCCUCCGAGGCCAGCGCCGUCGCCACCCCCCCGGCCGUCAAGGCCUUCGGGGUGACCUCCACAGACGGACAGUUUGCCACCCUCAUCGUGGUGGGCCUGUCCUCUCUCUCCUUCCUUCUGGCCUUCCUCCUGCAGCUCUUUCUCAUGGAGUAGGGCUGCCCAACCAUUGGGUGAUGUAAAGGGAAAAAAUAAACAAACAUGAAAUGAUGGGAUGAAAAGAAAGAGAGGAGGGAAACUUGAGGGAUGUUUCUUUAUAUAUAAGAGGGCACACUGAUCCUCACAUAUAGAUAUAUAUAUAUAUA